AUGUUAAAUUUAUCUAAUUUAUGGUUUGCAUGGAGUAAAUAAAACAAAUUGAAGGAUCGUUAUGAAAUAGAUGGAAGGAAAGUAAGUGUAGAAAUAUGAUAUCUAAGUCUUUAGGUCCUUCAAAAUAUGGCAUGGUGAUUAAAUACAAAGAGAAAAAAAAGGAUGGUUAAAUUCGAACUGUUAGAGUUGUGCCAAAAACUAAAGUUGUCAAUCAAUCUAGAUUCAAAUAGGAAAUUAACUAAAUGCGAUAUUUAGUAAAAUUUGAAUGAAUUUAGAAUCAUGAAAAUAUUACAAGGCUGAUUGAAUUAUUUGAGGAUGAUAAAAACCUUUAUUUUGUUUUAGAGUAAAAACUAUAGAUAUCUUAGAUAUUGUGAUGGAGGAUCAUUAUUUGAAAAGAUUUUAUUGAGAUAUUAUCUUAAAUAAAGCGAGGCAAGGUACCUAUUUUAAUAAAUCAUAAAUUCUCUCAAUAUUGCACAUAGGUCUGCAAUUUGUUAAAGGGAUUUGAGAGUAUUUAAUUCGUUUAUUUGUUAGCCUGAAUCAUUCCAUUUCAUUAAUAAAGAUAUAAAUAAUCUUGAUAUAAAAUUAAUCGAUCUUGGAUUCUAACUCAUAUACGUUGAUGAUUAUAUCAAGAAAUCUAAUAAUCAAAUUAUUGAAACCUCUCGACAAGGAAAAGUAUUUAAAUCAACUAUUAUUAUUAAGUUAUACUUUGCUGCUCCAGAAAUAUUUAUUGGAAAAUUGACAGAGAAGAGUGAAAUAUGGGCAUCUGGAGUCAUCUUGCAUGUACUGCUUACAGGUGAAUUGCCUUUUGAUGGAAAAGAUGAGAAUGAAAUUUAUAAGAAUAUUCAAGAUAAUAAAAUUCAAUUAAAAACAAAAGGAAUAGUCUCUGAUCUAAUUGAAAAAAUAUUAUAACCACAAGAAAAAAGAUACUAAAUAUUUUAGAUCUAAAAACAUUAAUGGAUGAGUUAAUAAUUUUCUGAAGAGGAAGAAACUUUGAACAUAAACUUUUCCAAAUUUAAAUUGCUUACUUAAAAUAAUUUUCUCUAAAAAGUAACAAAUUUUUAACUUAGAUUAUGAGGGGGUAUGUUGCUGAUUAAGUCAAAUAAGGAUUCGCAGACAAUCUUAGAAUAAUCUUUGAUUAAUUAGAUAAUACAGGUAGCGGAUUUAUCAAAAUUGAUUUAAUUUAAAAAUCCCUUGAAAAACAUCAAGAACAUGAAGAAAUUCUUAAGUUACUUAAAUAUGUUUAGACUGAAGAUGGAACCAUUAAUUAUUUAGGUAUAGCCUAAUUAAAUGUUAUAUUAGAUUUUAUGAAUUAGAUAUUAGAAAAAAGGGUAUUUGUAGAUGAAGAAAGAAUAUAUAAAACCUUUAAAAUGUUUGAUUUGAAUAACAAAGGUAAAAUUUCCAAUGAAAACUUAUGGGAAAUUUUAUCUAAGCUAGAGAAUUAUAAGUACAUCACUAAAGAAUAUUGCUCCUUAUUAAUUAGUGAAGUUGAUAGAGAUCAAGAUGGAGAAAUUGAAUAUUUAGAAUUUAUUGAUAUGUUUUUUAAAAGAGUCUGA